GUAAAGUUUCAUUCAAAAACAACUUUCUACCCGUCAGUGAUCAUGAGUUAUUGAAUGGAUAUGAUAUAGAGCUCGAGGAACACCGACUUACAGCGAGCUACGAAACUUUUUUCUGGAAGUAAACAUAAUAAUUUUGGACAUCUUAGUGACAAUAUCAGGUAUGGGUUUUGAUGUGGAGCGCUUCUUGGGGACUGUGAACGAAGGCCUUCUCUGUUGUAUUUGUCGUGACGUUCUGGAAGACCCCGUACAAGCUCCUUGUGAGCAUGCGUACUGUCGCCAGUGCAUUGAGGGGUGGCUGGUACACGAAAGUCGAUGCCCAGAGGACAGGAAACAGUUAUCGCUGUUGAACCUGAAGCCCUUGUUUCGUUAUAUGAAGAACGAUUUAGAUAAGUUACAGCUUCGAUGUAUUAAUGCAAACCUUGGCUGCAAUCAUAUAACUUCACUGGAAUUUAUCGAAGGCCACGAAUCGGAGUGUCCACUUAGCUCUGUUCCAUGCACCAAUGACAACUGUAGUGCUACAGUACUGAGAAAGGAUCUUGCAAACCAUCUUGCUUCCUGUGAAUUCCGUGCCCGAGAAUGUCCGAACGGCUGUGGUAUGCUCAUGGUGCAAAGACAAGACAAAGAUCAUAAUUGUAUCACCGAGCUAAAAACGGCCAUAGACGUGUUGCGUUCAGAAAUGUCUUGCAAGAUCGACGAGCAGAAAAAAGAAAUGGAACUUAGACUGAACACACAGAGAUGUCACAUGGUCCAGAAGGAAUCCUCCAUGCAAACUCAGAUGGAUGAACUCAAGUCUGAAGUUUCAAGACUCUCUCAAAAGAUUAAGCUUCUAAUGGAGUUAGAAGUCAAGCGUAGACAGGACACGGAAAGAUUAGAAUUGGAAAAACGCGAGCUAAUGGAACUGCUUCGCCAAAACCAGAACGAAACAGAUCGUUCUCCUGGACAUAAAGUUACUAAACGCCCAUUUACAGGAAGAGUUACUGCAAUUUGA